AACUAAACAACAAGAAGGAAUCAACACCACAGAAGAAAGAGAAAGCCGAGAUACCCGUCUGGGUUUUAAAUAAGUUUUGUAUCUUUUAUCUUUUUUUUCUUUUUAUGAAGGUGAAAAAACAGAGUUCAAGAAAUGGGGAUAUUGUAUGAAGAUGUUGUAGUGAUAAGACAAGCCGAGAAGCCGGGUGACUCCAUUGUUAUUACAGUUAACUGUCCCGACAAGACUGGUUUGGGGUGUGAUUUGUGCAGGAUUAUCUUGCUUUUUGGGUUGAGCAUCUGCAGAGGAGAUGCCUCAACUGAUGGUAAAUGGUGCUACUUGGUGUUUUGGGUGGUGGGGAAACCAUCCACAAGGUGGAGUUUGUUGAAGAAGAGGCUUUUGGAGGUCUGUCCUUCACAUUUUUCGACCUCUGGAAUCUACUCUUACAGGUUGGAAAAUCAGCCACCGAAGCCUCCGGAUGUGUUUCUUUUGAAAUUCUGGUGUUCUUCAGACAGGAAAGGACUGUUACAUGAUGUAACUGAGGUUCUUUGUGAGCUAGAGCUUACAAUAAAGAGGGUAAAAGUAUCCACUACCCCAGAUGGCAAAGUAAUGGACCUCUUUUUCGUCACUGAUACCAGGGAGCUUCUUCAUACUAGAAAAAGGCAGGAAGAAACUGUUCAUCAUUUGCAAACUGUGUUAGGGAAUACCUUAAUAAGUUGUGAGAUCGAAUUGGCUGGCCCAGAUGUAACUGCAUGCUCCCAGGUUUCCUCAUUUCUUCCUUCUGCAAUCACAGGAGACAUGUUCAAUUUGGAGCUGCCUGUGGGACCCCCUAGUGGAUUUCUUGGUUCAACUCCUCUAUCCAUUGCCGUGGACAACACCUUAAGCCCUUCUCACACUCUUGUUCAAAUCCACUGCCAGGAUCACAAGGGUCUCAUUUACGAUAUGAUGAGAACCCUAAAGGACUACAAUAUCCAGCUUUCUUAUGGACGAUUUUUUGCCAACCCAAAAGGCAACUGUGAGUUAGACUUGUUCAUAAUGCAAGCAGAUGGGAAGAAGAUAAUGGACCCAAACAAACAAAAUGCAUUGUGCUCUCGUCUGAGGAUGGAGCUUCUGCACCCUCUUAGAGUUGCUGUGGUGAGCCGGGGCCCUGAUACAGAGCUGCUAGUAGCAAAUCCUGUUGAAUUGUCUGGCAGGGGUCGACCUCUUGUUUUCCACGAUAUCACACUAGCUCUCAAGAUUCUCAACAUUUGCAUCUUUUCGGUCGAGAUAGGGAGACGCAUGAUCCACGACCGGGAAUGGGAAGUGUAUAGAAUCUUGCUUGACGAAGCGGAUGGCAAUUCUGAGCCAAGGAACAAGAUCCAAGAUCAUGUAAGAAAAAUCUUGAUGGGUUGGGAAUAGAGUUAAGGUUUUUUUCUCUCUUCAGCAUCAUUGUACAGCAUAAUUUCUUUAGCCAUUUUAGUUUCUACUACAGUUGACAACAGUUAGGACUAACCAGGUACCACAAUGUAAAUGAUGAAAUGUCUUAUGAGAAAUGAUCAUUAUUAAGUUUGUUUCUCCCUCUUUAAUUUAAUUGUAAUACAAAAUUACUCCCAAAUUUUAUCUGCAUUCAAUUUGCUGG